AUAUAGUUUGUGCCGCAUUGCACAGUAUAAGCUAGAAACGUCAGCACUUUAAAUAGAAAUGUUUUAAGAGAAGUAGAAAAGACAGUGGAUAUUAAAGUUUACGUAGAAUUUGUUACUGUUGAAACAUUGUAUUAAAAUUAAAGAUUGUUGUGUAUAUUUGUAACAAAACGUGAAAAAUGUCAUCUGAACCUAUUUUAAAUCCCCCAAUUCCUUAUGUGGGAGCUGUGGAAAAUGGCCUGAUACCUGGUAAAAUGGUAAAAAUUCAGGGAAAAGUUCCUUCAGAUGCUAUAAGAUUUGCUGUUAACUAUCAGUUAGGGCCUACAUUAAAUCCGAGAGAUGAUAUAGCUAUUCAUGUUUCGCCACGAUUCCAAGAUGGAUUUAUUACUAGAAAUCAUAUAAUGUCAAUGAGUUGGGGUCCGGAAGAAAAUGAAGGACCCCUGUGUAUUCAACCUGGACAAGAAUUUGAGAUAUUUAUUUUAUGCGAUCAUGCAUGUUAUAAAAUAGCUAUAAAUGGCAGACAUUUUGCAGAAUUUGUUCAUCGAUUACCAUAUCAAAAAGUUACGCAUUUGGUUAUUGAUGGUGAUGUAGAAGUGAAUUCUAUCACAUAUGAGAAUGUUUCUACUGGUCCUCCACCUUCUACACCUACACCAGAUGUACCUAAUGUUAAUGUUGGACCACCACCACCAGGUGGUUUAUAUCCAACAAUAGGCUCACAAGCACAGCCUCAAGUUGGUUAUGGGCCUAACGCAUAUUUUCCACCUAAUCCAUAUGCAGGGCCUAAUUAUAAUCUUCCUCACGCAUAUGGAUAUCAGCCUGGAUAUGAAAAACCUGAAGAAGAAGAUGCAUUUAAGGGAUGUUUGGAUAAAGUUGGUUUAGCAAUAGGGGGACUAGUUGCUGCAGGAGGCAUAGCUGCUGCUGCACAUGCUAUGAAUAAAAAGAAAGAUGAAGGUGAAAACAAUCAAGAAAAAUCAGAUGCUUCUAAUUUAAAAACAGAAAGCGAAGGAGGUGGUUUAGGAAAUCUUGGCUCUCUUGGAGCUGCUUUAGCCAGUAGUUUAGUGAAUUUUAAUACUUCACAGAGCAAUUCGCAUGCACAACAAGGAUAUCCUCCACAACAGUCAAAUAGUGGUGUAUUAGGCUCUCUCCUUGGAGCUCUAGGUGGUAGUGGAAAUAAUGUACCAGCACAGCCACCGAGUCAACCAACCGAUCCACUGAAGGGAGCAAUAGGAUCCUUCCUUGGUGGUGUUCUAGGAGGUGGUGGAAAUCAGCAACCAAAUUAUCAGUCUUCAGGAGGUUAUGGAGGAAAUUAUCAACCUUCUGGUGGUUAUUCUAACCCGCAAACGAAUACAGGUUCAGAUUUUUUAUCUGGAAUAGGUUCAACAAUUGGAUCGUCAUUGCUUAGUUCUGCUUUUGACAGUUUUGGUAAACAUGGCAAAGAGAAAAGUCAUGGUGAUAGUCAUUCAGUUUCUCCGCAGCCUCAUGUACUAGAUCCCUCACCAUCGGUACAGACUCCUACACAUUCUGAUAGCUCUUCUACUUCAGGACAAAAGUUAUCUGCUGAUGAAAUUUCCAAAGGUCUGGGUUUGGAUAACUAACGUAAAUUAGAAUAAAAAUCUGUGUAAAAGUAUACACAAUAAUAUUAUGCUCUCUGUUGAUAUAUGCUGUAAAUUUAACUAUACUAAUACAAAUAUUACAUUGCA